AUGGUUGGGAAGUCCCUGAUUGCUGGUCUGGUGGUCCUGCUGGUGGCUGCAGUGAGCCUGUUCCUGGGGGUGUUCAUGGGCCUGGGGAAGAAAAACACGCCUCCCCCCUCGGACCACUUCUACUCAAAGGCUGCUGUGGCUGCCGACGCUGGGAAGUGUUCAGAAGUGGGGAGGGACAUCCUGAAGAAAAACGGUUCGGCCGUGGACGCCUCCAUCGCUGCCCUGCUAUGUGUCGGCCUGUUGAACGCUCAUAGCAUGGGCAUCGGAGGAGGGCUCUUCUUCGUCAUUUACAACGCUUCCACGGGUGAGGUGGAAACCAUCGACGCGAGGGAGACGGCGCCCAUGAACGCCACUGAAGACAUGUUUGGCAACAACACCAAGCUUUCUCGUACAGGUGGACUGUCCAUAGCCAUUCCCGGGGAGAUCCGCGGUUAUGAGAUGGCACACAAGAGGCAUGGCAGGCUGCCAUGGAAGGACCUGUUUGAGCCCAGCAUUGCCUUGGCUCGCGAUGGCUUCCCAAUAGGAAAAGCUUUGGCUCACGCCAUCUUCAAGAGCAAAGACUCCAUUCAAAGAGACGCCAACAUGUGUGAGAUUUUUUGUGACUCUCAAAGAAACAUCCUGAAGGAAAACGACAUAGUUAAAUUUCCAAAGCUGGCCGACACGUACCAAAGAAUAGCAGAAGAGGGGCCUGAUGUGUUUUAUAACGGGUCAAUGGCGCAGAGCAUCGUGGAGGACAUCCAGGCGGCAGGUGGCAUCAUCACCCUGGAUGAUUUGUUGGAGUACCAGCCUGUGCUGAAUGAGAACCCUCUCAGGCUGAACGUCGGGGAAUACACCAUGCACGUCCCAGACGCCCCCUCCAGCGGCCCUGUGCUGGCUCUCAUACUCAACAUAGUGGAUGGGUACAACUUCACAGACACGAGCGUCUCGACAGCAGAGAAAAAGACUCUGACGUACCAUCGCAUCGUGGAGGCUUUUCGUUUCGCUUAUGCCAAGAGGAGCAGGCUCGGGGACCCCCGUUAUCUCAACAUUACUGAUCUCAUCCAAAACAUGACCUCAGACUACUUUGCCGAUGGCAUAAGGAGCAAAAUUACGGAUGACACCACCCAUCCAGACAGCUACUAUGAGCCAGACUAUUUUGUCCCAGACAACCAUGGGACGGCUCACCUGUCGGUCAUCGCCGAGGAUGGGAGCGCCGUGGCAGCCACCAGCACCAUCAAUCUAUACUUUGGUUCCAAAGUCAUGUCUCGAUCCACUGGGAUCAUUUUCAACGAUGAGAUGGACGACUUCAGCUCUCCGUACAUGACCAACGGGUUUGGAAUCCCUCCUUCACCAAACAAUUUCAUUCAACCAGGCAAGAGGCCGCUGUCUUCCAUGUGUCCCACCAUCAUCUUUGACAGAGACAACAGAGUGAAAAUGGUUGUCGGAGCGUCCGGAGGCACAAAAAUCACCACAGCCACGGCCUUAGUCAUCCUGAACUCCUUGUUCUUCAACUACGACCUGAAGAAAGCCGUGACGGAGCCGCGAGUUCACAACCAGCUCAACCCGAACAUGACAGUGGUGGAGCAGGGCUUUGAGAAGAGCGUCCUGGAGGGGCUGGUGCAGAAGAACCACGUGACACAGCUGCUGCGGACUCCGGACUCGGUGGUCCAGGCGGUGGUGCGGCAGGGCGAGCGUCUCUGUGCGGAGUCCGACCCCAGGAAAGGAGGCUAUCCGGCGGGAUACUGA